AUGGCGAGAGAACGGGUGAAGAAAAAGUCCUACCAGGAAAGUUUGGAGGAAAUAAAGGAGAAAAUGAAGGAGAAGAGAAACAAGCGUUUGGCCAGCGUCUCGGCUCCAAAUCGAGGACGAUCCCGAAUGAUAACUAAAUGCAACGGCACCAGUUCCACAAACACUAUUCUGAUAGGAGUGCAACAGAACAACAAAGCCCUGGCUGUGGCGCUACAGGCGGAGAAGGAAAAGGUGAGGCAGGGAAACGCUGUGAUUCUGCAACUGAAGAGGGAACAGCAGGCUCUGUUUCUUCACCUCCUUCUGCUCAAGAAGAGACUCAAAGAUCAGGAAGCUCUGUCUGCAAACUCAUCAGGGAGCUCUUCUGCAAAAAUCCUUCCAACAUCCACAAUUGAAUAUCAGAGAAACAGUCAAGGUAAUAAGAGCGUUGAUGAGAGUCCUCAGCAAAAAGACUCCCCUUUGUGUGCAGGAGUGAGAGCAGAUAGACUGCCAUCAACUGUGGGUGUUAGACGCCGCCCGACAGGCAGAAGCAGCAGCAGGCGACGUUCUAACCGUGUUCAGGAAUACCAGCCGGCGAGAGAGGACGCUGCUGCUUGUUUCGAGGCGUUGACAGCCAGUCCUAUUUGCAGUGAGGAUGCAAACCAAAGACAAAUGCAGCCUUCUGACGAACCAGUGUUGACACAACCUGAAGAGUUCCAGCACUCAACACCUGAACCUGCUCCAGCAAAAAGCACCACACAAGCGCAACCCGGCAGGAAGCAGCCGACCAGAGCCAAAGCUGAAGCGGCUCAAAAGAAACCAGAGCGUGGGCGUAAAGCAGAGCGAGGUCCUCUAAAGAAACCCUGGGAAAACUCCAAACCAAGGGCUCGCUCCAAGAGCCGUGACCGCUCUGCUGCACGCUCUAAAACUGCACUUGCAGCGCAGAACAAGCUCAAUACGUCACUGGGAUUUAAUGACACGUUCGACUUUGACUGUGAGGAGGCUGUUCACGUCACGCCUUUUAAAGCAAAAGCAGAGGACGAUGAGCCAGAACUGACCACGUGUAAAGACGCAGAGAAACAGCCAUCUGUUGUGUCCUUUGGGACAGAUUCACUGUCACCAUCUUCUGAGUCUGAGGAUAGUCUCUAUGUGCCACAGAAAAGAAGGAAAAAACACAUGUCACCUGUAAACUCAAGAGUCAUAAACACACGCAGAGGGAGACGAUCGAAGAGAGUCAAAGUGAGCGAUGAAAACAUCCCUCCACACCUGGAGUUUGAUGUUUACAGAGAUGUGGACUCAAGCCCCAAGUUUAAGAGAGCUAGUAAAGAAGCAUCACCAGCGUCUUGUGUGCAAAAAGGAAUUUAUGAAGAAAAUCAAACUAAUCACAGAGAAGUGGACAUCGAAGAGAACUGCCUGCUCUCCGUUAGUCCUUUGGUUGAAGCUGAAAUAAAGAGAAUAGAUGAUGUCCUUUCAAAUUUCGGAGAAUCUUCUAGCGACGCUUCUGCUGUCCUUGGUGACCCGACACCACAGAGAGCGAAGUCCUGCAAGAAACGUGGGCUCAGUGUGAGGCCGGCUGGGCGGGGGUUGAGUUUGUGUGAUGUGACAAAUCUGUCCCCUGCAGCGUAUCGAAAGUUCUCGCGUGGGGGGUCCCGGCUCUCGGAUGUCCGCUGCUCUGCUCAGGGCCCGGGUCGCAAACGCCGCUGCACCCUGACCGUGAACUACAAGGAGCCCUCCCUCAGCGCGAAACUCAGACGAGGAGACAAGUUCACAGAUGUGGAGUUUCUGAGCUCGCCAAUUUUUAAGCAGAAGUCUGGAAGAAGGUCCAUUCAGAAAUCGAGGAGCUCCAUGAAGAUGCAGCAGCCUUUUGAGAAAUAUAAUGAGUCCUUUGUUGGUUGUCGAUAA